AUGCAAAACGAUGCCAGCGAGUUUGUGGACCUGUACGUGCCACGGAAAUGCUCCAUGAGCAACUGCAUCAUUGGUGCCGAGGAUCACGCAUCCAUCCCAAUGAAUGUAGCACAGGUUGACAGGGUCACAGGCCGGUGUAAUGCCCAGUUAAAAACAUAUGCUCUCUGUGGGGCCAUUCAAAGGAUGGGUGAAUCAGAUGACUCUAUUCUCUGGUUGACUAAGACUGAUGGAAUUGUCUCAAAGAACUUUUGA